AUGUUUGUUGCUGCACUCCUGCGGCUACUGCCAUGUGCUGCAACCGCGCAGCAGCAGCAGCAACAGCAGCAGCAACAGCAGCAACAGCAGCUGCAGCAGCAGCGGCAGCAGCAGCGAGGCCCUGUAGGUCCCCAACAGCAGCUCUAUCUGCAGCAGCAGCAGCAGUUACAGCAACACCAGCAGCUGCAGCAGCAACAGCAGCUGCAGCAGCAACAGCAGUUUGUCCAGGCGAGGCAGCAGCCGUUUCCACUGCAGCAACACGCUGCAGCACAGCACCACAGCAUGCAAAUGCAGCUGCACCAACAACAGCAGCAGCAGCAGCAGAUGCAGCAGCAACAGUGGCUGCAGCAACAGAGAUCAGGUGCAGACGGGCAGCAGCAAGUGCUGCAGCCGCAGCAGCAACCGCAGGCGCUGCAGCUGCAGCAGCAACCGUUGGGCUAUGCUUACAUGGGAAAAGUAGACUGUGGGCCUCAGCAGCAGAAGCAGCAUGAGCAGCACACUGCACUCCAGCAGCAGCAGCAGCAGCAACAGUUUGCUGCGGCAGACCCUAGCUUUGUGCCGCAGCAGCAGGCGCUGCUGCCGCAGCAUGCAUAUGCAGUUCGGCAGCAGCAGAUGCCUCAGCAGCAGCAACAGCAGCAGCUGCUGCAGCAGUUUCACCAACAGCCAGUGCAGCAGCAGCCGUUACAGAGGAUGCAGCAGAGCCAGUUGCAGCAGCAGCAGUUGCAACAGCAACAGCAGCUGCAGCAGCAACUGCAGCAGCAACAGCUGCAGCAGCAGCUGCAGCAACCGCAGCGCCUGCAGCAGCCGCAGCAGCAGGAACUGCACAGCAUCCCUGCUCGUUCUUUUUCCCGCCCAUCCGGCUACCUGCAGCAGCAGCAGGAACAGCCGCUUCAGCAGCUGCAGCAGCAGCAGCAGCAGCCGCUGCAGCAGCAGCUGCAACAGCCGCUGCAGCAGCAGCAGCAGCGGCUGGGCCACCUGGGGUACGUAGCGUCCACACAGCCACUGCAGCAGCAAAUUUCGCAGCUACCGCUGCAGCAGCAGCAUCACCUAUAUUCGCAUACUGCAGCGCCGCAGCAGCAAAUGCUGCUGCAGGGGCAGCCCAGCUGGCAGCAGCAGCAGCAGCAGCCGCCCUUCCAGCAGCAGCAACUGCAACAGCAGCUGCAGCAACCCCACCACCGCGAUCUUAUGCAGCAGCAACUGCAGCAGCAGCAGCAGCCGCUCAUCAGUGCGCACCCGCAGGUGCAGCAGCAGCAGCAGCACAUUGCUCACCAGCAGCAGCAGCAGCAGCGGCUGCUGUGUCAGUCUGCGGCGUCGCCGCCUCACACUAGCUUAGGUAAUCUACAGCAGCAGCAGCAGCAGCAGCAGCAGCAGCAGCAGCAUUCCCACCAGUUUGGGCAGCAGCAACUAAUAGGACUGUCUCCCAGCCAGCAGCUGCCGUUGCAGCAGCAGGACCCCCGCCUGCCGCAGCAACAGCUGCAGCAGCAGCAACUGCAGCAACAGCAGCUGCAGCAACAGCAACUGCAGCAACAACAGCUGCAGCAGCAACAGCUGCAGCAGCAGCAGCUGCAACAGCAGUUUCUACGGGGCCCCCAUGCAGAGCCAAUGGUGUAUCCGCAGCAGCAGCAGACGAGGCAGCAGCAGCUGCAGCAGCAGCAGCUCCAGCAGCAGCUGCAGCAGCACCAGAUGGCCCCUGGCCGUAGCCACGAUGCCUUGCUGCAGCAGCAGCUGCCGCCUCAGCAGAUGCAAAUGCUGAACCCGCAACAGCAACAGCAGCAGCUGCUUCUGCAGCAGCAGCUGCAGCAACAGCAGCACCUGCAGCAACAGCAGCAGCAGCAACUACAGCAGCAGCGGCUGCAAAUGCAGCUGCAGCAGCCUGGGGCCCCCUUCUACAACUAG